AUGGCCAAACCGACAGUCCUCUUCAUGCACGGCUCCUGGCAUACCCCAGCGCACUUCGCACCCGUCCGCGCCGUCUUCGAAAACGCAGGCUAUCCCACUUCCUGCCCUCGCCAACCUAGCACGCGGGGCCUAGCCACCGUUGGCCUGGCCGAAGAUGCGGAGCGCAUCACUUCCGAGCUCGUAACGUUGAUCGAAGGAGAAGAGAAGGACGUCAUCGUAGUUGCGCACUCAUACGGCGGCGUGGUCGCAACGCAAGCAGUGCGGAAACGCUUUGCGCGCCAAGAGAGAGAGAAAGAAGGGGAGAAAGGUGGCGUGCUCAGAAUCGUAUAUAUGUGCGCGUUUCUGCUGCAAGACGGCGAGAACCUGAUGGGUGCCUUUGGGAUCGGAGAGGGCGAUGCGCUACCGCCGUUUAUCGUUGUCGAUGACCGAAAAAUGUGCACCAUGGCCGACCCUGCGGCCCGCUUCUACAGCGACCUCUCGUUGCAGGAGCAGCAGAAGUGGGUUGGGCUGCUUGUGCCGAAUGCGGCUCAUACGCAGGCAACGCCUAUCACUCAUGCGGCGUAUCUUUACCACCCGGUCACGUACCUGUUCUGUGAGAAAGAUGAGGCGUUGCCGUUGGAGGUGCAGGAGCAAAUGGUGGAGAAAGUGAGAGCGUUGGGAGUAAAGGUUGUGGAGGAGAGAUGCGCGGCAGGACAUAGUCCGUAUCUGAGUAUGCCUGAGACCGUGUUGGACGUCAUAGAGCGAAUGGAGUGA